GUCAUCGCGGCGGGUUGGCCUUGGCCACCUCAUCCGCCUCGUCGGCUUCACCACCACCCCACCAGGAAAGAACACCGCCGCACCACUGCACCAGUCCUCUGGCUUCGGGUCUCCCCAUUCCCUUCCUCUCCUGAAGCAGGGGUUUCUCUGGCCUUCGGUGCAGGGGACUCUACUCUAUUCUUGGACUAGGUAACCGCUGCUCUGCUCCUCUGUUCGCCGGUGCGCUUCGGAUUGGCCUGGCCAAGUGGCCAGGGAGGCCACAGAAUCACCCAGACCAGGGAUAUAGGAAUUUCAGUAUGCAACAAAUGGCCAUGUCAGCUUUCGCAGUGACCUCUCCUUCAUCGCAUGGCUGUGCCUUGUCUGCCCUCCAUGCUCGACAUUCUCAAAGAUUGCACACGAGACGCCGCAGCCAAGUCCGGGCACUGGCACAAACACAGUUGCAGUACAACAAGCUGGGAGAUUCAGACCUCCUUAUCAGCGAGGUCACUCUUGGAACAAUGACCUUCGGAGAGCAAAACACAGAGAAGGAAGCACAUGAUAUACUCUCUUAUUCUUUCGAUCAAGGUGUCAAUGUCCUAGAUACAGCAGAAAUUUACCCAGUUCCAAUGAACAAGGAAACUCAAGGGAGGACUGAUCUUUAUAUUGGCAGGUGGAUGCAAUCGAAGCCACGAGACAAGAUAAUUUUGGCCACCAAAGUUGCCGGUUAUUCAGAGCGGUCUACUUUUCUCCGGGACAAUGCAGAAGUGGUGCGUGUUGAUGCUGCCAAUAUCAAAGAGAGUGUUGAAAAGAGCCUUAAACGCUUGUCUACAGAUUAUAUUGAUUUGCUUCAGAUACACUGGCCAGAUAGAUAUGUGGCACUAUUUGGUGAAUUUAGUUAUAAUUCAAGCAAAUGGAGGCCAAGCAUCCCUUUUGAGGAUCAACUGAAAGCUUUCCAGGAACUAAUUGACGAAGGAAAGGUUCGCUACAUUGGUGUUUCCAAUGAGACCUCAUAUGGAGUAAUGGAGUUUGUUCAUGCUGCUAAGGCACAAGGCCUUCCAAAGAUUGUGAGCAUCCAGAACAGUUAUAGUCUACUUGUGAGAUGUCGCUUUGAAGUUGAUCUUGUUGAAGUUUGCCACCCGAAUAACUGCAAUGUUGGGCUACUUGCCUACUCCCCAUUGGCUGGUGGGGUCCUCACUGGAAAGUAUCUCGAUGCUAAUGCUGACAUAUCAAGGAGCAGGCUGAAUCUCUUCCCUGGAUACAUGGCCCGCUAUAAUGCCUCUUUGGCUAAAGAAGCGACAGACAAAUAUGUAAAGCUUGCCAAGAAGCAUGGGCUAACUCCAGUCCAGCUUGCCCUUGGCUUUGUGCGGGAUCGUCCAUUUACUGCUAGCUCCAUCAUUGGAGCAACCACCAUGGAUCAGUUAAAGGAGAACAUCAAUGCGUUUACCAGUGCUCCACGGCCUCUGCCACAAGAAGUUCUUGAUGGCAUUGAGGAUCUUUUCAAGAGAUACAAAGACCCAGCAAUACUAUAGGUGCUUAUUCACCAUUUUGAUGAAAAGAACCAGCAAUUCUCGAACAAUACAAAAACCCAGCAAUCAUAUUAGAACUUUUGAUCAUACCAUUUCUUUCGUGCUGGUAUAACCAUUUCUUUAAUCUUCCAUUGUCUGUACAGAUAAUACCAUCAGAAUGUAGGCUUCCAUACUUCAUACAAGUAUAGAGUGAGUCCAAAGGGGAGGCAUUCUUUUAUACUCUGACACUCUGUUACUGAAUGUUUUAUGUCUUGGACACUGACAGGUUUCCAAUGCAUAAGUUUAACCACCACAUGUUGUAUGAAAAUAAUAGUAAACGAUUGUGAAAUUAUUAAAUUAUGCAAUUUUUUAAUGAUAAAUCCAAUGAGGAAGUUACGUGUUUAA